UCGAAUCUAACUGCUACAAAAAAAAGUGUUUUGUUAGUUACGGUGUCAUACCUCAAGUAAUUACUUUUCCUACCAUACAUUAAUUUUUUUAAAGUAACUUUUGGGGUUGUUUUCUGUAGAUCAAUGGUUUGCGGUCUUUGUCCAUGACCAGUCUGAGUUGUUGUCCUGAUUCUUUCUUUCAGACGUAGCCUAAAAUAGUUUUUUUUUAAUGAAGAAAUGCGCAUUUUUCGUCUAUUUUCUUCCUUUGCACCCGGGAAUUAUCCAAAAUGAACGACCACGACACGAUUACUGAAUGCUCAAAUGAUGUCUUUGUUCACUUUGCAGAAUCUCUGCACAUAUUUACAGGAUUAUUGACAGUUGCCACUGUAUGCGGGGUUUUUUCUGGAAUAAUAGCUGCAGCCCUUCUGUAUGUGUUUUGCCUGAAGCCUAUGCUUCUAACUCGACAAGGCUAUGAUGCCAGAAGACUGUUUGAGGGAGACGACCAGGAUAGGGAGAACAACCAAAGUGACUGUGUCAGCAACAGCAAGAAGGGUGUCCAAAGUGCCACUACCAAUGAAAAAGAAAAGAAGCAGCCACCCGUGAACAGCGAUGUGGCUGCUUUUGCAUCACGGGCAAAGGUGGUGUACCCCAUCAACCAGAAAUACAGACCCUUAGCGGAUGGAGCCUCCAACCCCUCACUGCAUGAGCACUCCAAGCUGCCUGUCCUCCCCAAUGGAGAGUCCUCGUCGGGCUCCAGCGGGGAUUCACUGAGCCAGGACCAGGACAACGACGACAGCAGCCAGUACAUCUCCUCCUCACUGGUCCCCAAGAGUAUGCAGAACGAGAGCUUCACCAGGGUGGCCCUCUACCCCCACACACUCUCUCAAACAGGUUUUGAGGGCAGGAUCAGCCUGUACUGUCUGGCCCUGCAGGACGUGCAGAUACACUGUUCACAGGUCCUGGAAGAGAAAUGUGUGCUCUUUCUCCAAAUUCUCAGAAUUAUACUCAGUGGUCGUUUUCCCAAGGAUAAAAAGGAUUCAGGUUUUUACACCAAUGUUCUUCUCCUGCAAGAAAAGGAACUGGGUUUAUUAAAGAAAGAACUGUCAGCCAGCCUGUUUGCCUGUGAAAGAAACAAAGAUUUAAGUUCAGAUCCUUGUACCCUGGAGGAGAUCGAAAGAACUCAGAAAGAUCUACUGGAGCAGGCGCUUCAAAUGACCAAGGGCUUUAGCAAGCAGGUGGAGGCCUUCUGCCAGAGCCUCCUGGGCAGGUCCAGUGUUCUCCCCAGAGAAGAGGCCCAGGAUGUCAUCCACACCCUUAUCCACUGUCUCCUAUUGGUUGAAAACCAGCUAACUGAGACUCAGGCCGCAGACAUGAAGAGGACCCAGGAGAAGCUGUUGUGGUGGGAGGAACUGAGGGGUGUGCUGCAGGCCAAGCCGGCCCUGCUCCGGCAGGAGGCGUCCCUCAGACAGGACCUGGUGGCCCGAAGCCUGGAGCAGCUGACCAGUGACGGCCACCUGACCUUCGCCACCAUGGAGAAGACCCUGGCCGAGCUGCAGGCAGCCCUGACCGAGGGGCUGCAGCACUGCAGCGAAGAAUGCAGGCUAAAGACCAAGGAGCUUGUGUAUGAAAAGUGCAAGAAGAUCGACUCCAAGAAGAAGAAACUCCUGAGGACUCACGCAAAGGAGAGAAGCCGUGUCCUGGAUUCUGCACAGACGCACAGCGACCUACAGGAAUUUGUAAAGGUGUACCAGGAGCUGCUUCUGAAACAGAGGAAGCAGAGCAGUGACUUGGAACUGCAGCAGGAUGGGAGAGUGGCAGAGGCAGUGUGUGAUCUUUGGAGGAGGCAUCAUGCCACCUGGUCCAAGAAGCUGGGAGAGCUGGCCAAAGACAUCUUCCUAUCUGCUCUCCCUGCUCAGCCCCAGUUGUCCACAGACCAAGGCCAGAGGCUAUGGCUGGAUCUAGAUGGUGACCUGGUUGCACUGCUGCAGCAGGCAGAGUCCAAUACCAAACGGCAACUGGAGGGUGUACAUGCUCAAUUGGAGCAAGAUGGACAGGUAUGGUGUGAAGAAGCAGCCCUGGUGCUGGCCUGCCUCAGACACCUAGGUGAACAGCAGCUGAAGAUCCUUAGAGGCAUGGUGGUCAGACAGAGCUAUGUGCUUAACAGCCAUGUGGGGAUGUUGAUUGAGAAGAAACAGCACCUCCUGCUGGUGGCGGUGCAGAGGCACUUUGUGGCCAGACACUUCUGUCUGAGGGUCUUGAAGGAGAUGAGGUUGUCCAAGCUCAAGGUGCUGUCUCAGAGUGACUUCAGGGCCCUGCUGUCUCUAGAGGACCACACCCAGACCACAGUCAGACCAAUGCUCCCCAAAGCCCAGCAUCAGGAAUCCAGUGCCAGUGUUGCCGAGAGGCACCUGGGUCCGGAGACGCAGCUGAUUGGCCACAGCUUCCAGCAGGAGUUCCUGUCGGAGCUGGAGACCGGGGCGGAGCUCCUGCAGGCCAACGCCCAGCAGCUGGUGGGCCACGCCCUCAGCCAGAGCCUCUGGCAGCAGAUGGACCAGGCCCCUCCCGCUAGGCCCCAGCCUGACCGCGGAAGGAAGAGUCAGUUGACGGAGGUAGCGUCGGAGAGUGUGUACGUGACCCGGGAUUCCCUCAGUGCUCUGGUCACCAGCUACUACUCUCAGAUCCAGGACAUCACCAAGGGCCUUCAGCAGCAACACCCUAACAGGGCCAAAGAGGAGUGUGAACGACGAGAGAGCAGCUCUCAGAUGAACAAGGCCCUGCUAAAGGAGCUGGCCAACUGGGGGAGGAAGCCCAUGUCCACCGAGUUUCAUCAGAGGGUUGAACUGCAGAAGAAAAGGAUGUUGGAACAGUAUGAAUUGGAGCAGGAGGUUGCAUGUGAGACUCUGAGGAGAAGGAAGUUAGCCCAGGAACAAACCAUGGAGCGAAUCAAAGGACAGUUACAGGAGGCAGAAGAGGCCUUCAUAGCUAAACUGUCUGCCUUAGCUCGGAUCCCACUAUCCUGCAAAGAGCUCAACACUGAGGAUGACAUCAUAGGGGAGGAGAGUCCAACAUUGAAUCCAACAUUGUGGAAGAGGCGAGAGAGGCGGGAGCGUGAAACUCUGCUCACCAAUCCAACACUUUUAUUUUCAUGACAGGGAGUGUGCAAGUGUACACUUUAGGAGGCUAGAUAAUUGGAACACAACUAUGUUUAUUACCACCUGA